AUUCAUCUUAGACGACUUCGUAUAGCAAAUCACUUGCUUCCCAACGUCUUCCUUGAGCUAUCAUUUGCUGCGUAACAUCCAUAUUAUGUGCUAGUAUUGCAUAUGCCAAUCUAUCUACUCCGCAUGACAUCUUCGCAGGUCGGCCUUGACGGAUGCCCUCACCGCCUACAGCUACACCUCUUCAAAGAGUGGAUCAAAAUGUAGCAGCAAACUGUGCGCCGCUCUGCGAGAUAUCUUUGGCACCAGAAGGCACCGGCAGUGAUGGACAAGGCGGCGAAAAGCCUUUUCUCCCCAGUGGCACGCGAUAUGAUGCAGGAAAAGCACCGCCCAAAUUGUCCGCCAGACCCAGCCUUGCGCCGGGACAUGCUACAGUUACUCGGCGCCACUCCUUCAUUGAUGAGGAAGAAGACGCCGUAGCGUCAACCACUGCUGUAAAUGCAUCCUUGCUUCAGUCCAAGAAAGAAGAACCGACGACGUGGAGAUCGCUCCCUAGGAAGGGCCAAUUGGCUGUUCUGACCAUCGCGAGACUGUCGGAGCCCUUAACGGAACGCUCUCUGGCGGCAUAUAUGUUCUACCAACUACGGUCGUUCAAUCCGAAUCUGCCAGAUAGCACCAUCACCAGCCAAGGAGGUAUGUUGACAGCUUCUUUCGCUGCUGCUCAAUUUGUCACUGCUGUCUGGUGGGGACGAGCAGCCGACACCCCUUGGAUAGGCCGGAAAAGAGUUCUCCUUGUUGGUCUGUUCGGCACCUGUGUAUCUUGUCUCGGCGUGGGUUUCUCGAAAUCCUUUGCUCAAGCACUGUUCUUUCGUGCUUGCGCUGGCUGCCUGAAUGGUAACGUUGGCGUCAUGAGAACUAUGAUCAGCGAGAUCAUCAAGGAAAAGAAGUACCAAUCUCGGGCAUUCCUCUUGUUACCCAUGUGCUUCAACAUUGGCGUGGUGAUAGGUCCAAUACUCGGCGGGUUUCUUGCAGACCCCAUAGCCUCGUUUCCGAAUGUUUUCGGUCCUGGUUCAGUAAUGGGCGGCAAGGACGGGGUUGGAUGGAUGAAUGCCUUUCCCUACGCGCUUCCUAACGUCGUCAGCGCCUUUUUUAUCCUUGUUUCCGCGGUCUGCCUCUUUCUUGGACUUGAUGAAACCCAUCCGGCUCUAAGAAACAAACCGGACUACGGCCGGAAACUGGGCAGGUUUCUGGUUCGCAACCUCUGCCGCAGGAGUCGAAGCGAUCCAUACGACUACGAAUACACGGAGCUCUCGAAUCAAGUCGAACUACAAGAAGCGGCAGGGCCAGAGCAAGGCGAGCAUUUCCCAGGGGACAAUGACGCCGAGGCAGGCAGACCCAAAGAGGAACCUUCACAGCAGGCAAAAUUGCCAUUCCGACGGAUCUUUUCCAAAAACGUCCUCUUGACGCUCGCCUCUCAUCACCUGCUAGCUCUGCACUUUUCAGCCUUCAACGCUCUGGUCUUCCUGUUUCUCCCGGCUCCCCGCUCAAGCAACAAGGAUGCGCAUCUCCCAUUUUCAUUUACAGGUGGGAUGGGCCUUAGCUCAGAUCGUGUCGGUCUCGCCACAGCCAUCAUCGGAGUAAUAGGCUUCCCACUGCAAAUAGCAUUGUACCCAACGCUCAAUGCCAAGCUGGGUACAUUGCCCAGCUACAAGCUGUUCCUCCCAUUCUCGAUCGCCUCAUACCUGCUUACUCCAUUCUUGGCUCUUCUGCCGAACAAGGCGUUUCUGGUCUGGCCCGCUUUGACGGUCGCGUUGGCACUACAAGUCGUCUCGCGAACCUUUGCAUUGCCCGGCUCGACCAUCCUUGUCAACAACUGCACACCUCACCCCAGUGUCUUGGGCACGAUUCAUGGCAUCGCACAAAGCGUCUCAUCCGGGGCUCGUACUGUGGGCCCUACACUCGGUGGCUGGCUCUUGGGCGUUGGACUGGGUAAUAACUGUGUCGGCGCUGUGUGGUGGGGCAUAGCAGGCGUUGCGGCUCUCAAUUGGGCGUUGUUAUGGCUCAUUCACGAAGGUGACGCAGGUGCUGCCGCGGCUGGUGUGGGCGAUACUAGUAGUCCAAGAUAAUGAGCCAUUCUAU